AGUAGGCUAUAACAUAGUAAAGUAAGGGACAGGGUUGUAUUAUAACAGCAUACGAAUCACCGACCAUAGGUUAUGGUAUAAAGACACUAUCAUUUUCAGGAUGUAGGCUAUUUUUAAUCUGCCUAAAUGCCAAAUAGCGGUUGGCUCACGCGCACAGGGCGACACUUCAUUUUUCCGGAGGAAACGCAGAUUAAUCGCUACAUUGUUUACAUUUCAAUAACAUGUAAUACAUUUCCUACAACCCCAACCGAUUACUUAACAUUAAUAAUGACAGUGUGGUAUUUUUAGUCUCAUGAAUGAGUAAAUAAUGGCAGAUAUCUAGACCGGCACGGCACGUCAGACAGCCAUUCAGAAGAACACAGGGAGAGUGACAAGGACGAGGAGAGGGAGAAAGAAAGGGGAGGGGAACUGACAUUAAAGCAACACAACAAGGAAACUACACCGCAGAGCCACAGACGCCUUCAUUUUAUGUUUUUGAAUAAUAGCCGGAGCUAGUGUGGCGAAGUGUAUCUGUAAAAUCUGCCCGGAGCAGCUCAACCCCCGCACAGCUUAAAGUGCCCGGAAAAGAAGCAGCUUUGACCGAGUUGGAUUUAAAGGCGCUCUCCGACGCUUUCAGAGAUAUGGGCUCAGAGCCACCCAGCUCUCCACAGGUGGUGGAGGAUGGAGGAGAGGAGGAUGAGGAGGAGCUGAGUGGAGGGGAGGAGGCAGACCUGCGGUCCAGUUCUGGCCGGGGCUCCCUGUUGACCCGGAGAGGAAUCACCCUGAGAGUGCUACUCAAGGAUGGCCUGGUGGAGCCAGGGGACGGCGUGCUAGCAAUCCACUACCUGGGUAAGAACUUUGUUGGAGACCUGUUGAAUGAUGGGAAAAUCAGGUGGGUAGAGACGGGCCAGAUUUUUAACUCCCCUAGUGCCUGGGCAACACACUGCAAACGUCUGGUCAACCCAGCUAAGAAGUCUGGCUGUGGCUGGGCGUCUGUACGCUACCAGGGCCAGAAGCUGGUCCAGUACAAAACCACCUGGCUGCACAAGUACCAACCCAGCGCAGACAUGAGCCUGGUGAGUGAGGAGGAUGAUGAUGAAGAUGAAGAGGAAGGGAAGACAGCUCUGCAGGCAGAUGAGAAGAACAAGAACAGCAAACCUGGAUUAAAUGACUUAAUGGUUUCACGGAGAACUGACAGAGAGAGAAUUCCUGUCAGAUAUUGCACCUUGGGCACCAGGGAUGCUGCCAGAGAUCCACACACACUCGUGGAGCUGUCGGCCUUCUCAGCCAUCAACAGAUUCCAGCCUUUUAAUGUAGCCGUGUCCAGUAAUGUCCUGCUGCUAAUGGACUUCCACUGUCACCUGACUACCAGUGAGGUGGUGGGAUACCUCGGAGGACGGUGGGAUACAAAUACGCAACUGCUGACAGUCUUAAGGGCUUUCCCCUGUCGGACCAGGCUGGCAGACAGAGACUCUGCUUCUGCUGUUGAGGAGGAGAUCUGUCAGAACCUGUUCAUGCGCGGCCUGUCGUUGGUGGGCUGGUACCACAGUCACCCGCGCGGUCCGGCUCUGCCGUCGCUGCAGGACAUCGACUCCCAGAUGGACCAUCAGCUGAGGCUGCAGGGUUCAAACAACGGCUUCCAGCCCUGUCUGGGCAUCAUCUGUGGACCGUAUUAUCACGGGAAUCAAGGUGUGGCGUCCACAAUAACCCCAUUCUGGGUCGUACCACCACCUGAGCAACGGCCUAAUGACCACGGUAUCCCAGUGGCUGUAGAGGUAACCUACGUACAGGACAACUUUCUCACCAGUGAUGUUCUUAAUGAGAUGAUGCUACUGGUUGACUACUACAGGACAGCGCCCGAUAUCGUCCAGUUCACCCAGUAUUGGUGUCCUGAUACGACCAUGAUGGACAAGAUCAAGGGCUCUCUGAGUUGCCACGCUCCCAAAGAUCAGGCCUACUGUCAGAUCUUAGAGCAUGUCUACAGUCAGCUGAUGAACAUCCACUGAGUGGAUUUGCUGUGCAUGUGGACCGUGCCCUCCAUCUUAAGUCGUUACAUUUAAAAAAAAAAAAAACAUUUGUGCAGAGCUGACAGGACUGGAGUGACAGAUUUACAAUGUAACAACCUGCUUGAAAAACAUUUAGAUGCCUUGAACUCUCUCAUGCUUGAUACAUAAAUAGAAGCAUUUCA